AGUGUUCUUAUCAGUGUAGAGGUAAACAAUGCAUAUCAUUAAUGGAUGAUACUUGUAAUGUUGUAAGUGGGAGAUAAGGACAUUUUUCAUCUUAUAGGGGGAUGUGAAUGUGUGCACUCCUUGUUACCUUAGUUAAAACCCUGUUUAUAAAGUCUUAAGCAGUUUGUUGAUUUACCUUACAUGUGACAGAACAGAACUACCAGUAAAUAAGGCUAUUUUCUCCAGCCAGCUGAUCUGUUUGUUUUCACAAAUCAGAUGGUUAAACAGUUGAUAAUGAAUAUGUAUCCUUUUAACCUUUGAACAAACAUGUCAUCAUCAGUUAUAAAAAUAAUGCAAUGACCAGGGAUUAAAACAACAACAACUGCAAAAAAUAUAUAUAGCCUAUAAACUAGUCAUCAAUGACAGUUGCUUUUCAUCACGAAUCACUAAGUUACUCGAAGUCUUUGUGAUAAGACUAAAAAACACUGAGGAAAGGGGUGGAGCUUGUGAACCUAAUGCUCUUGCUGCGUAGACAGUGUAUUCGUUCUGCGUUUCUAACUAUGCCUGCAACUGGUUGUUGUAAUAACGUAACCAUUUUUGAUUUGUGUAGCACCUUUUUGCCCUCAGAUUUGUCUUUGAUAUGAUUUUGGUUUCGCCUGUUUAUCUGAAAAAGGAUAAACCAGUGACGUAGUCAGAAACAAAGCCUACUUUGUCAUGGAUGUGUAAUUCCUGGCAUUGACUCAUUUAGGCUCGAAUGUGUUGUAAGUCACUUUGUGUGACACUUUAAGACAAGCAAGGCUUACUUUUUUCCUGUGAGGAAAAGCAGUGAUGGAGGGUCUUAGUCUGUCAACUGUGGUUGUUAACAGGAAGAAUGUGAGGAACGAUCAAGAUGUGUGUAAGUCCCCUUCAGAAGAACCUUUGUUUGAAUGGCUACACAAGUACCGUAAAGCCACCAGAGGCAAAGGAGUCAUGAAAGAAGCCCUUACUCCCAUAGGAGCAAAACUGUCAAAGAUGAACCAGCACAAGAAAACAGACAGGAGGUUACCUGUAAGGGAGGACCAGAGAAGCAACAGAGAAGAGGAGCAGCACAGAGUGGAUUCAAGCCCAGAAAGCCAGGGCAAAGCAGCGCGUGAGGACAGGGAUGACAUGGUGCGCUCCUCCAGUCACACCCUGUCCAACAAAGCCCAGAUGCUGACCAUGCCGCAGUUUGGCCUGAGAGACAACCUCAUCAGGUGUGAGCUACUGAAGAACGAGGACCAGUACACCUACCUGGAGAACUACAGUUUCUUUCUGGGCACAUACAAUGUCAACGGCCAGACACCAAAAGAAAGCCUUCGUCCGUGGCUGGGAUCCACCCCCACCCCUCCUGAUAUGUACUGUGUGGGGUUCCAGGAGUUGGAUCUCAGCAAGGAGGCCUUCUUUUUCAACGACACACCCAAGGAGUCUGAGUGGAUGAAAGCUGUGAUCGAGGGGCUGCACCCAGAUGCCAAGUAUGCCUUAAUCAAGCUGGUGCGUCUGGUGGGCAUCAUGAUGCUGUUCUAUGUGAAGAAGGAGCACGCAGAGUAUAUCUCUGAGCUGGAAGCAGAGACCGUGGGCACAGGCAUCAUGGGAAGAAUGGGUAACAAAGGUGCCGUGGCCAUCCGUUUCCGGUUCCACAACUCUGACAUCUGCGUGGUCAACUCCCACCUGGCGGCCCACGCUGAAGAGUACGAGAGGCGCAACCAGGACUAUAGGGACAUCUGCAGCCGGCUCCAGUUCCACCAGCUGAACCCCAGCCUGCCCCCUGUCCCUAUCAUGAAGCACAGUGUCAUCUUCUGGCUGGGGGACCUCAACUACAGGAUAAACGAUCUUGACCUUGAAAAUGUUAAAGAUUUGAUCUCCAAGAAGGACUUGAAGACGCUGUAUGAUUACGACCAGCUGAAGAGACAGAUCGAAGAGGACGCCGUGUUUGUGGGUUUUACAGAAGGAGAGAUUGAUUUUCAGCCCACAUACAAAUACGACACAGGCACUGACCAGUGGGACACCAGCGAGAAGUGUCGUGCCCCGGCAUGGUGCGACCGGAUUCUGUGGCGUGGGAAAAACAUCCGGCAGUUGCACUACGAGAGUCACAUGGUCUUGAAGACCAGCGACCACAAACCUGUCAGCUCGCUGCUGGAGAUAGGGAUCAAGGUGGUGAACGACGAGGCCUAUAAGAAGACCUUUGAGGAGAUUGUGCGCUCCAUAGACAAGAUGGAGAACGACUGUAUUCCGUCCGUGACCUUGUCCAAACGAGAGUUUCACUUCAAGGACGUGAAGUACAUGCAGCACCAGGCGGAGACGUUGACCCUCCAUAACGACGGGCAGGUCCCGUGCCAGUUUGAGUUCAUCCAGAAGCCGGAUGAACCCACCUAUUGCAAACCCUGGCUGACCGCCAACCCGUCCAAAGGGUUCAUUGCUCAGGGUGGAAACGUAGAUAUCGACCUGGAGGUGUUUGUCAACCGCUCCACUGCUCCAGAACUGAAUUCGGGCCUGCAGCAGAUCGAGGACAUCCUGGUCCUACACCUGGAGAGGGGCAAGGACUACUUCCUCUCCGUGACGGGCAACUACCUGCCCAGCUGCUAUGGCACCUCCAUCCGGACGCUGUGCCAGCUGAGGGAACCUAUCCAGGACAUGCCCCUGGAGAUCAUCCGUGAGCUGACGGAACUAUCUGAAGGUGAGACCAGAGCUGAGAGCACAGACAAGCCUCUUGACAUCCCUAAAGAGAUCUGGAUGAUGGUGGACCACCUGUUCCGCAACGCCAGCAAACAGGAGGAUAUAUUUCAGCAACCUGGGCUCCGGAGUGAAUUUCAAGAGAUAAGGGAUUGCCUUGAUACAGGCACGCCAGACUCGCUUCCUGGCAGUAACCACUCUGUGGCAGAAGCAUUGCUCCUCUUCCUCGAUGCUCUCCCUGAACCCGUGAUCCCCUACUCCCUCUACCAGCAAUGCCUGGAGUGUUGCUCCAACACAAGCCAGUGUAAGAAGGUUAUUUCCAUGCUACCUCAGUGCCAUAAAAACGUGUUCAACUAUCUAGCGGCAUUUCUACGCGAGUUGUUAAAAAAUGCUAUACACAAUCGACUGAAUGUCAACAUUUUGGUUCCCAUUUUUGCUGCUUUGCUACUGAGGUCGACUUCAAAACAAGAUCUUGCUGAGAAACGGAAGACUCAGGAGUUCUUCCAUCAUUUCCUGGUCCAGGACCUCUCCUGAAUAGCGCACGGAUCCUUUCACUGAUUUCACUUAGUGUACAGCUCAGUAUUUGUAAUUAGUUUGUAAUAAUUUCAUAAAUGAAGUAGGUUUUUGUUUGUAAGUGAUAGUCUAAUUAUGUUCACUGAUUUAAAAACUUUUUUUUUUACAGUAAUGUUUCAAUGUAAGAUAUCAUUACACAGCUGUUACUGUGUAAUGAUGAGCAGCUGUAGAAAUAUUUUUAUGUAUGUAAAGUUACUAGUUAUUUAAAAAGAUGAUUUGUAUUUUGUCGUUUAUGAUGUCAAAACAACCAAUUGUUUUUUAUAUAUAUAUAUGUAUAUAAAAAGUCCUGU